AUACACCAGGGCCUCCUGAGGACAAGAUCACAAUCACCAGGGUGACAGAGGAGAAGUGCACUGUGUCUUGGAAGAUCCCUCUGGAGGACGGUGGAGAUCUGGUCACUCAUUACAUUGUUGAUAGGCGUGAGACCAGCAGACUCAACUGGGUGAUCAUGGAGACUGAGUGCAAGACUCUGUCUUGUGUCAGCUCCAAACUGAUCAAGAACAACGAGUACGUCUUCCGUGUCAGAGGAGUCAACAAGUUCGGACCUGGUGUGCCCUUGGAGUCCGAGCCUGUCAUCGCCAGAAACGCAUACACUAUCCCAUCACAACCUGGAGCACCAGAGGUCACGGCUGUAGGAAAAGAGCACGUCAUCAUUGAAUGGAUGAAACCUGAGAGUGAUGGUGGAAGUGAGAUCAAGAAUUACCUGGUGGACAAACGUGAAAAGAGCAGCUCCAGAUGGACCAGGGUCAAUAAGACCUUUACCAUCUACGACAUCCGCCUGAAGAUCUCUGGUCUGCUGGAAGGCAGUGAUUACCAGUUCCGUGUUACAGCCGUGAACACAGCUGGAAACAGCCAGCCCAGUGAAGCCUCUCAGUAUGCCUACUGUAGAGAGCCAACAUACACUCCAGCCUCUCCUUCAAUUCCACGUGUGAUAGAUUCCACCAAGCAUAGCAUUAGCCUGCAAUGGACCAGACCAAUGUAUGAUGGUGGUGCUGAUGUUGUUGGCUACGUGGUGGAGGUGCUUGAGGAAGGAACCGAGCAGUGGUACAGGGCCACUCAGAAGACUCUGAAGACCAAUUCGUUUGUUGCCGCUGGACUUCAAAGCAACAAGAAGUACAGCUUCCGCGUCGCAGGAGUCAAUAGUAAUGGCACUGGGGAAUUCAGCGAACCAAGUGUGGAAAUUGAGCCGGUUGAGAAACUUUCAAUCCCUGAUCUUGAUCUUCCUGAUGAUCUGAAGAAGACUGUGUGUCUGAGAGCUGGUAACACUCUGAGGCUGUUUGUCAAUGUGACUGGAAGACCUGCACCAGUAUUGACCUGGAGGAAACCUGGCAUUGACCUGCAGAGCCGUGGGUUCAUUGAUACAACUGACAGUUACACUCAACUGAUUGUUGAGAAGGUCCAUCGUUACGAUUCUGGCAAAUACACCAUUGAGGCUGAAAAUCCAUCUGGCAAGAAAUCAGCAACCAUUCUCGUCAAAGUUUAUGACACUCCUGGACCACCCGGUUCAGUUAGAGUCAAAGACUACACAAAGGAGUCUGUCGUCAUCACAUGGGAUGUACCAAGUAUUGAUGGUGGAGCCCCUGUGAACAACUACAUCAUUGAGAAACGUGAAGCUUCAAUGAAAUCCUACAAGACCGUUACAACAGAAUGCAGGAGACUUGUUCAGAAUCUCUGUGGCCUGGAGGGAAUCAGAUCUGCACAUUGUGGAUAUCGGCAAGACCUCAGCAAUCCUGAACUGGGAAAGACCUCUUCACGAUGGUGGAAACAGACUGACGGGUUACGUCAUGAAGCUAACAUCGUUGGAUCAGACAGAUGGAGUGCAGUGGCCACCGUUAAACAGUCCAUGUCCCAGCACACCGUCACUGGUCUGACAGAGAAGGAGACGUAUCUCUUCAGAAUCAGAGCUACAAACAGCAGAGGAGUCAGCGAGCCUAGGGAGAUUACAGGACCUGUGGUCAUUCAGGAACAACUACUGGCACCUAUAUUGAUCGUAGGCAUUCCACAGAAGAUUGUCCAUGUGCCAGCGGUCAGCUGGGAGCCACCAGAGAGGAUGGCGGUGCCAACGUCAGUGGCUAUGUUGAGCAGCGUGACGCUCACACGCCGGAUGGCUGGUGUCGGAAUCUGUCACAAGACCACAUUCAAGUUCACCAGAUUGUCUGGGGGAACUGGUCGUGUUCAGUGUGGCUGCAACCAGCAACCUUCGGCAUUGGAGGAUUCUUGCAGUCUGAAGUUGUUGAAUGCAAGAGUCUCAACCGUACCCAGUGCACCAAACAGACCUGAUGUACUGGAUGUGACUCAUGAAGGAAUGACCAUCACAUGGCAGUCACCAGAAGAAGAUGGAGGGUCCCAGGUGUCUGGAUACAUAAUUGAGCGCAAAGAGGUCAGAUCUGAAAGGUGGAUGAGCAUCGUUAAGAACCCAGUCACCAUGACCAGAUACAGAUCAUCUGGUCUGUGCGAAGGCAAUGAGUAUGAGUUCCGCGUGAUCGCCCUGAACUCAAGAGGCUCAAGCAAACCCAGUAUGGCAUCUAAAGCAGCUAUCGCCAUGGAUCCCAUUGAGCCUCCUAGCACACCACAGUUCCCCAUGGUUACAGACACCACCAGAACUUCUGUGUCUCUGGCUUGGAGUCCUCCUGAGGAAGAGGGUGGUUCCGUCGUCACUGGUUACCUGAUUGAGAUGCAGAAGGUGGACCAGGUGGAAUGGACCAUGUGCAACCACCAGGAAACUGCC